GCUUUCCUUGUCAUAAGUUGCGUUGCAUAGUAGAACUGCAUGUUGAUCGGUGGCCCUCCGCGAGUGGUGCGGGGAUCGGAAGCGGGGGCGGGGCUGCGGGUUCGUUUACGCUCACAUACAUUUGUAGGAACCCGUUCUGCCGCAGAAAUCUAGAUGCUGUCCGCGAAAACUAGCUUCCAAAACUAGCAGACCAUAUUGCUGACCAUUCAAAGCCAUGUGCGGCUGAGAACGACACGCUUCGUACGACUCGAGUUUAUGUGGCGCGUGUGUCCCUGUAUAAAUGCGGUGUUGUUCCCCAAUACAUACCUGAUAGGUUUCAUGCUCGGCCGCAGCAUCAGGAACCAGGCUUCAGUAUUUCAACAGCAAUGCCUCUCUCAGCCCAAAGCGUUCAGAUUAUUAAAUCGGUCCUCGAUGGCGCUACCAAAGAGGGACCCACGGGCGUGAAUGGUCUCACGUUCGUGGCCGUGGACAAGGACGGCAAGACCCUCGUAGAACACGCCUCUGGCACACGUGGCGUCAACUCCCAGGAGCCCAUGGACAUGGACACAACCUUUUGGAUCGCGUCCUGUACCAAGAUCGUUGCAACCAUUGCAGUCUUGCAGCUUGUUGAGCAGGGGAGCAUACCACUGGACGAUCCUGAAUUCAUCAAAAAGCUCGCACCGGAAAUUGGCGCGAAAAAAGUAUACGCUGAUGGUGUCAAUGGCGCUGAACAGCAAGGCAGCGUCACGAUGAGGAUGCUGCUCAAUCACACAGCCGGCUUCGCGUAUGCGUUCUUCGAUGCCAGGGUCAGCAUGCGCGGAAGGCCCGUAGGGAUCGCAGAAUUCAACGGCGAUGAAGAAGACAUUUUGAACUCUCCCAUGGUCAACCAGCCAGGAAGCAUGUGGGAAUACGGCGUGAACAUCGACUGGGCCGGCAUUAUCCUCGAGCGCCACACGGGGCAGAAACUGAAUGACUACAUGCAAGAGCACAUCUUCAAACCCCUGGGCAUCUCCGAUGUCACCAUGUUCCCGACCGACAAGAUGAAGGCCAACCUUGCCUACAUGCACCAGCGCGACCCCGCAACAGGCGCCCUGACGGAGCGCGACCAUCUCUACCGGCGCCCCUUCUACCAGACCACGAAGGAGCAGCAGCAGAAGUUCUUCCAUUCCGCUGGCGCGGGUCUGUUCGCGAAACCGAAGGAGUACGUCAAGGUCCUCACUGCAUUGCUCAACGACGGCGUCAGUCCAACGACGGGGAACCGCAUCCUGAAGAAGGAGACGGUGGACCUGAUGUGGGAGAACCAGAUUCCGAAGCAGCCGGACUUUGCACGUGCAGGCCUCGCAGCGGCGGAUCCGACAUUGGCGAACAGCCUGCCCGAGAUGUAUCCUCAGUCCGGGAAUCCACCGCAGGGCUGGGGGUUGAGCAUGUUCCUUACGCUUGCGCCGGGAGAUACAGGACGUGGCGCAAACACUGGGUGGUGGUGCGGACUCUCGAAUCUUUUCUGGUGGGUUGAUAGGGAGAAGGGUGUUGCUGGGAUGUUGUCGGGCCAAAUUCUUCCUUUCGGUGAUCCGAAGGUCAUCCAGGCAUGGGUUGGUGUAGAGAAAGCAAUCUAUGAUGGGCUAGAGUAA